AGACCACAUAAGUCGUGAUCACAGGAAAAAUAAAUGCCGACAAAUCUAAUACCACGAUAGAAAAUGCGGAGGUUCAUCUACCUGACCAAAAGUCCUCCUUUGCUAGGAGGUGGAUUCCUAACUGGGAUCAGAAGUAUUUUACGGCUUUCGGUACUACUCAUCGAACCCGCUCUCGCGGAUCUCCCUGUCCACUGCCUCCGCUCUCAGGUCGCUGGAAAAUGGGAAUUCCGAAUCAGGAGCACUGGGCAACGGCGCUCAAGUUGCGGCCACGCACAUCCGGACAAUGCCGAUGAGGAGCCACAAAAUCUUUUCGGCACUGCUGCGCCUACGAGCCUUAGUUUCCGACUGGAAUAUCCAAAUGUCGCGUUACGUGCCUCCUCUAGAAGUGCGACUGGCACCAAGAGCAGCCAUGGCCAAUGGACCAUGGUUUACGAUGAAGGGUUCGAGGUACGCUUUGGCGCAGAGACGAUUUUCUCUUUCUCACGAUUCAUGCCCAAGUCCAUGUCCCCAUCCACUAGUAUGGUUCUAAAAACAAAUGGUACAACUACAGCUUCCCGCACUUCUUCGAUUACAAGAAACGACAACGCGGCAUCUUCCUCGCAGUGCGAUCAGACUCUUGUGGGUUGGUAUCACAACGAGGCCACUGGCGAGUGGGGAUGCGCACAGGGUCGUCGAGUUGACCACCCACCUGAGAAGAAGAAGUCUUUUUUAGAGGUCAACAACAACAAGGUUGAUCUUGCAGUUGUCCCACUUGUUCAUCCAGCGACUGAAGAUAUUGCCACCUCAACAUCAAAAAGCGCAGGACCUCCAGCAGAUGCAGAAGCAACAGUUUUGACUCCAACCGUACUCAACGCCAAGGCCGCGAAGCUGAACGCACAAGCGCUGGGCUUGUGGCAGGCGAAGGCGUACGUCGACACGUACGCAGGAUGGUCCUUCGCACAACUCAAUCGCCGAGCUGGCGUACUUAGACGAUAUCCCUCAGAGGGAGGAAGCAGAACUGUGGCGCAGAGGAAGAAUCAACAUGUUGCGUUGAUGCAGGAUUUGAUGCAUACGUGGAAUCUUCGAAACCAUGGAGAUACAGCAGAAUUCUCGACCGCAUCUUCCUUUGAGACGAGUUUUGAUAAAGCCUGCGACAACACAGAAGCCAAUGUCAAAAGUGCAAUCACCCCUUCGCUCCGCACGCGCUUCAUCAAACGGCAGCUGUCCCAUCGAAAUAAGGGACAAUCUGACACCACGUUUUCCGAACCAGUGAUGCAGAAUCUGAUGAUUCCAGGAUCAACUAAGUCAGAGUCUUCUUCUACCUCCGCUUCAUCUCCAAGUGAAGAAGACACGAGUCGCGAAUUUUCGGCUUGCACAUUACAGAAGUUGCUACGCGAACAGCUGGCGUCUGCGUCCUCUGCUACAUUUGAAAAUGAAGGGAGUGGUGCUGGUGCUAGAGCAGAUGGAAAAAAAACUCUAUGGGGACAUCAGCAGGUCUGUUUCUUUUUGUAAUGAGGACACACACUAGCCAAGGAUGAAGUCUAGGACCAUAACACAAACACGACUUACAUUUAAUUUCCUCCGAUUUCAUCAUCUGCGCACUACUAGUAGUACACUCCCAUUUCUUUUUAUCUCUCAUCUUCUCAUCGUCCAACUCCACCUCCACUCUAAAACCCGAAAAGGCCCUACCAAAAUCCUGGGAUUGGCGUGAUGUGGAUGGGAAAUCGUACGUUGAUCCUCCUAUGGACCAAAGCGACUGCGGUUCCUGUUACAUCGUCGCAACGACAAAAAUGUUGUCAGCUAGAAUGAGGAUCAAACUUAUGGUGAUGUUGUAAAACUUAAGCUAUAAUCAGCUCGAACAAUGAGGAUUAGGCAUAUGGAUGAUAAUGAUAUGCUGAUGUUGUAUGGUAGGACUUGUUAUUGUUGUCGUUUCUAUGAGUAUGAUCCACGACAUCUAUCAUGGAAUAAGUAGAUGAAAUGCAAAUGAUCGGGCUGUAGGACUGCAUGGGGAAGAUGGAUGUAAAUGUAAAUUGUAAAAGCAAAUCAAAUAUACAACAAGAUGCAGCCCAAGAGCCAUCUAUGUCUAUCUCCCAACAUUUCUAACCGGAAAAAGGAUCCUGUCGCCGAAGCGUUCUCGAUCGCUUUCCCCCUCCAUUGCAGCGAAUACAACCAGGGAUGUCAGGGUGGCUACCCCUUUCUAGCCUCCAAGUGGGCUCAAGACGUUGGCCUCAUUCCUGCUCGAUGCUUCCCCUACGCUUCUGCUGGAAAGAACAAAGGCGGCAAAAGCACUAACCUGAUGGCACAGCCAUCAUCGCCUACAGGAGCCACUUGUGCUGAUGUGGAUCGAGCCUGCGUUGAAGCAUACUUGCUGGAGGAGAAAAAUUCUACAUCUACGUUGUCUUCCGCGAUGUCGACAUCGUUGUCUUCCGCGUCGUCAGCACGGCAGAACAAGACUACCUUUACAACUAGUAGGGCGCCGGUGAUGGCCACCAAGUCCUUUUUACAGGAGAAGCAAAGGAUAAAGGCAGCUGCGAAAAAAACUAUGUACCGAGCGCGCAACUACCACUACGUUGGCGGGUACUACGGCGCUGCAAGCGCGCGCGAAAUCAUGCGAGAGCUACACGAGAACGGGCCCCUUGUGGUCAGUUUUGAGCCGUCAGAAGAUUUCAUGAUGUACGGUGGCGGCAUCUACUACAGUGGCUUCCUACAACCGAUAGAGGUGAAAACUGUGGAAGCAGCAGCAGAGGACAGAACAGCUGGGGACCAGAGUGGGGAGAAGGACGAGGCUACACUGAAGAUGAGUGAGAAAACCACUUCUACACUGAAGAGGUCAUCUUUUUCCAGUACCACGACAUUUGAUGAAGCUUCUAGUCCAGAAUGGAUUAAAGUUGAUCAUGCUGUGUUGUUGGUGGGAUGGGCAGAAGAGCUUGGGCAGAAAUACUGGAUCAUCCAAAACAGCUGGGGACCAGAGUGGGGAGAACAAGGCUACUUUCGAUUAUGAAGGCUAUUGUCUAUAUGCCAUUGAAGGCUAUUGUCCUCUACAGAUCAUCUGUAGACGUACUUCUAAGAUUACAGAUCAUCUGUAGAAGUCCAUCGAAGGCUAUUGUCUACAGAUCAUCUGUAGGAUUAUUACUUAACCAUUCACGGCUAUUGUCCUCUACAGAUCAUCUGUAGAAGUCCAUCGAAGGCUACUGUCUACAGAUCUGUAGACGUACUUCUAAGAUUACAGAUCAUCUGUAGAAGUCCAUCGAAGGCUAUUGUCUAUAGACCUGUAGACGUACUUCUAAGAUUACAGAUCAUCUGUAGAAGUCCAUCGAAGGCUAUUGUCUACAGAUCAUCUGAAGGCUAUUGUCCUCUACAGAUCAUCUGAAGAACUUCGUACUUCUUAGCACUUGUUGAUUUUGAAUGCCAAGGUUUGAUUGGUAUUGGUAUUCGUUCAGUCUAGCCUAAAUUAUUUGUAGAUUGAUGAUUGUGCAUGUACCUGUGAAGAAGACAUAGUCGCUACAAGUACAACCACAACAAAAAGGAAAUCAUUCUAAUCCAAAUAGCACGUGGAAUCAACGAUUCGGGCAUCGAGUCGAUUGCAGUAGCUGCUGACGUUGAGGUUGCAGACGUUGGUAAGGACGAUGUGCCAGACUCUUUGACUUCGUUUCUUGACGAGGCAGAACUAUGA